ACUUAUAGAGUGGACGCCGCUAACAAUUGGUGGAGUUGGCACACGCCGAAUAGUUUUGAUAACUGUAUACAAACACAGCUCAGGGGCCGGCGACAUCGUGCAUUCGCUGGCAGUGGGAGGAGACGCCGGCGGCGAGCAGCGGUGCGACAGCAGCGGACAACCACGGGUGACCGCUGGCCAGCUCCGUGCCUUUGACGGCGCGGCGGGCUUUGCGGUUUUUUCCCGGGAAGCGCAUUCAGAGCCGCAAUGAACGUCCGGGUGCGUAGCGCUCAGCACAAUCGGGGGACCCGCGCACAGCGCUCUUCAGCUUGGCGGCCUCCGCUGUCACCGGCCACGACCCGAAAGUGUGCCCCAGCCUGGUCUUCUACGCCGAUCCCUGCUGCGUCCGAUAUGGACGCCAUGCGGUGCCCGACUCUUCGCGGUGCCGCCAAGGCGUUGAUGGUGUCGGUGUUACUGUUCGGAGCAUUCUACAUUGCAGAUGCACUCAGGAAAGACGAAGCCCUAGACGGAGGAUCGUGGAUUCGAAGGAAUCCCAUCAGUUCAAGGCUCACGGCAGAGGAUACAGUUCAGGCGUGGACCACUGAUUCAGAACGCUUCGCCCAAACUUUUCUGGAGGGUUCCGGAGAUGGAGAAAAUAGCUACAACAGCCAGACGAGUGACUUCAGUGUGGUUCCACCUACCGUUACCAUAGAACCCGGACAACCAUCUCCUGUAUUGGCAUCUACAACGGCAGCAGAUUACGUAGAGCUUAGUGAUAGCACCGAACCUUCUCUGGCAUCUUCAGAUUCGGACUUUAUUGAGAGCUGGGGUCUGUCGAGAACUUCGGUGGUAUAUCCGGGACCUUCUGUGGCUUCACCUGAGGCGACAGCCGACGAUGUUACGCCGGAGCCUGAAUUUAUGACACCAUCAUUUCAUAGUGACUACAUGGACAUGUUUUCGUCAGAGCCUGAAAAGCUCACAUCUCAAUUUUCAGUCUUCUCAGAAGAAGGCUUCUCUGACGGGGCUCUGUUGAUAACGUCGUCGUUUCCUGUAGAUAGCACAAGUGCAUUCACACCAACACCUCACAGUUUGACGUCUCUGUCACCCAGCCCCCUGACGCACUUGCUUUCUGUAAGCUCUAGUCCUCUCUUAGACGAGUCACUGGCAGAUAUAGAAAGUGUUUCAUUGGUAGACAUUGAAGAUGUGAGCGUAACCAGUAGCUCGUACUCAGGAGAUGAUUCCGAACUUGUUCACAGCACCAAGUCUUUGUUCCAGCAAACCUCGUUUCCGUCAACCACUGAGAUUUCUAUUUCCACUGAAAAUCAGAAAAACGUGUCUGCACUAAAUUACUCUGCGGUUCAGCUGUCUCGGCAUGGCGUCAGCUCUGUGAACAAUGCUAAUGCGACUACUCUUCCGGCCAUCGAGUCUUCCAGGCACUCGCUUCCGCUGAGCACUGUGCCAACAUCGACGAGUCCAUUAUAUUCGUCAACCUUGACAACGUCCUCAUUAUUAGGACCAGAAACGUUAUUACCCUUCACCCCUGAAUUACUGCCGAUUGAAAAGACUUUCGAUAUUGGGACGGGAUCACACUCCUCCAGUGCUGCCACUACGGAAAUGCUACCAACAGGAAAGACAGAGGCGUCAUAUUUAUCCAGCCCGUCUGCUCUGUGGACUUCAGAGAAGGGUCGCGAAAGGACGCCCUUAGGGAGUUGGCACAGUAGUGCAGAAUCCAACAGGCCGACACUGUUGUGGUUUACUACGAGCCCUCCCGCUACGAGAAAGACGGAUUGGUUUCUAACUUCAGUGUCUAAGUGGUUUGUGCCGCCGUCAACGACUCUGCCGGGUUGGAGUCGCAGCCCUGCAGAUACUGUCGUCAGUCCAACCUCGGUGUUCAACUCAUUCGGCCAUCCAGACAACGGUUCGGAGCCGUCGCCGGAAGCGCUGAAUGAUCAGAUGAAGUAUUGGAUAAGGACAGUGAUGCGCAUAGAGCGCUACAACCAUUCAAACACAGAGAAGCUUGCGAAGAACCUGGCAUUUGUGUACGAAAAAGCGUUCGCCCAGCGCCAUGCAUCACGGCGAGGGAGACGUUACACUGGUAGAUCCAUGGCUGUCCAGGUGGUCAACCUCUCGGUGGACUAUAAGGACCAGCUCAUGUCCCUUGUGUACACACUGUCACAAGAGGGCAAGCCUGUGCCUGCGGAGACCGCUGUGGAGGCCAUGUCCGUGGUCAAUGAGACAGACAUGUCGCGGCUGCUCGGCUACCCUGUCGUUGUCAAGGCUGAGCCUUACGUCACGCCAACGAAGACAGAGUCCGUCUCGCGGCUCGCCUGGAUAGUGGCCGGCGUUCUGAUGGCCAUCUUCGUCCUCGUAGUACUGUUCCUGGUGCUCUACUGCAAGUGCUGCCGUCCGAAAGUGCACCGCAGUCCGUUCAGCGACUCUGGCUCUGUUCGCUCUUACGGCCGGCAGAAUAGGCGCAAAAUGUUUGAAGAGUCUGCCGGAAAGUUUGGAUCACUAGGCGAAAAAACCUAUAAGGACGUGUUCACAAGCCCCAUACAUGUGCCGUCAGCGCCUCCAGUGGAAACAGACAUUCGAACGACGCGGUCCAGGCCCAAGAAUCUCAGCGAAUACUUCGUAAACAAGGCUUACGAACCAGACCUCGGUGUGCGGGCAUCAGCGGCUCCAAGCUGCAGACUGCGUGUCACUUCCGAUUAUGACGAAGUAAGUCCCGGCUUGGACCAGAUAAAAGGAGGCUUGUUCGAUCACGUGCCCCCGCCUCCAUCAGAUUCGGCAGACUGCCCGCUGCCGUUGCCCCGCAAGAACUUGCAACUGGAUGUUCACAAGGGUGACUUGGAUAGCGACAGCGACACAUCCCUCGAAUCAACCACCUCGGCUGAAUCGGUCGAAGAAAAGACGGCUACAAGCGCGCAGGAAAGCUUUGCCACAUCAUUGCUAUCUGACGAGCCCUCCGAGGUAAACCACAUCGACAAUCCAGGAAAGCCAUGCUCAGACGAAGACCUAAAGGAGGCCCAGAUGGAACUGGAUCACAUGAAAAAGAAAAUCGCCGACAUCCUUGACAGUGCCCUUGAAAAAGCAGCAGCUAAGAAGGUUUACGGCAGCCUCCGCAGGCAGCGUGUCCCUCCAUCUGCUGCGGCAAUGAGAAGGACCAGCAGUUUGAAGGUGCCGAAGCCACGCCAUUCGUCGGCAAGUGACUUUCAAAGACCGCAAGUGUUGUCUUUCUCACCGGAAGAGCCGGAGAAGAAGGAUGUGCCGACGCAGACCACCGACUUGGCCUCUGGAAAGCCCCGCGUGGUGUGGUCGAUCUACAAGACGUCGGAAGCUGCCGCACAAACUUCUUUCCUGGAUUGCAGGUUAAGCCGGGACGACGAUUCCGUGUCUUCCCGGAGAACAGAUCCUGGUGAACAAUCUCCCGUGACUUCUAGCGUCCGAGAUUCGACCCAAGCUAUGCUCAGCGCCAUCCGCGGCGAGCUGCGGAAGUUCAGCGUAGCACAGAGGAUGCAGAACGGCGAGAGCUUCGCAUAAGGCUGAGCGAAGACACAAACGUGUUCGGUGUGCCCACGCAGCAGGCUCUGUUUCAGCGUAUGCUAUGCAGAUAGGAGUCACAGCUAUUAGAGCUGCUGAAGCGGCCAGAGAGCGCGCGGAUUCAAAACAGCGCAUGCUCGGAAUUUGGGUUCGAGGGCAUUGCAAAGGGCUUUGUCCCAUAAACACUAAGGUCAGGGUAGAGCAUGUUGAUAUUUUCAGUCGUAUUGCAUUUCUAGUACAUGUAAGGGAUGAUCUUCAGUUCAAACACUGGUAUAGAUUUGGUUAAGCAGUAAAGUGGGCUGCAGACGUGUGCCUGAGGGAGGUUCAUGAAGCUCCGUAUUAUGUGCACUUCGAGUGCUAAUGAAUUUGCAUUUUUUUCUUGUUUUUUUUUUUUGCAAAGCGUUGAACUAACAUUGAGAACAAAAUUGACUCUCGCGCAUGCUGCAUGAAUGGAAUGAAUCUUGUCUCCGUCAUGGAUACCGAUUUCAAGUAUUUGCUGAACACAUCAGUGUCGCCAUUACCCGUCGACAAAUCAGGUGGAUAGUGGCUUUGCACUAUUUACUAAUUAUGACGUCAUCAGUGUAAAGUGUAUAAAUUGAGAUCUGUAAGUGAGAAGCAACUAUGAUGUUACAGUAGCGGUAGGUGCGCGUGUGCAGUAACAACAGCAGACUUUGCUCACCCGUUUUUUUAUGAGUUUGUGUCAGUUGUGUUCCUACGAGAUGGAAAAAAACACCACCCUAAAGCAACAUCACUCACUGAAGAAAAGGAUACCGGAGAUCACCAUACUAGACACUUUGUCACUAGAACAGGAUCUGGUCACACUGGUCGAUUACACUCCUGCAGCUUCUCACGUUUCAUUGAUAACGCCAGUGUAAACACGCAGACACUGUAUAAUCAAGGCGUUGAGUAACUAUGCCCAAAGUUGUUAGGAAAUAUUUAGCAAGACAUUUUAGUGACCAUGGUCUAUUAUAUUCCGAGUGAAAGCAUAUAAAUCAGGAUGGACUUGAGACAAACGGACGAACUCUCGCGUUUUUUACUUAUUGUUGGCACGUAAAUACAAGUCAAAUUAGAAGGUACGUCAAAGUGAACAAAUCCAUGCUGGAUGUAAACUCGAUCAUUGCCGUUGGGGCGAUAAAUAUGGAAAGCGAGAACAUCUUCAGAACCUUUCAAAAUUAAUUGUGCGAUUGUAGCAUUACUUUUUGUUUUCCUUAGGUUGAAAAUGCUUUUGAGAGUUGCAUUUUGACAAAUAGAGGGAUAAAUGAGAAGAAAAAAAAAACUAUUGAGGUUAAACCGAUGAGAAUAUCCGGUUUGCUGCCCGGCACUGGUGGGAAAGGUAAAGAUAGAAGGUAAACGAAGAGAGAGGGAGAGAGUACAACCCCAUCAGGGUGAGCACAACCCAAGUGCGAAAUCAAAAACACAAUGGAGUUGUUUUUUCGUCUACUUACAUUUCCCUUUAAUUUAUAGUUUGUACAUUUCAAUUAGGAACAACUAGUUUACCCUAUGCUUUCCUUGUUUCCGUUGUCUGUUGGCUUCCCAUGGUCUUCACUAACAAAAAUCUGGCCCCCUCGGUGCCCCUUCUUCUCGUUCACUACAUAGCGAUGACCUAGAUUCCGACAGCUUUGAUGCCUUCAGGUGUCAUACGUUUAUUGGCCAGUUGCAUUCUCCCAAGUUCAUGUAUUACGUGACGCCCGAGGUAGAAAGGAUGCUCAACAUCUGCCGCUAUGGCUCUGAAUUGUGGCGCUAACACUCCCAAGGCUAGAUCUAGUACAUAUAGUACAGUAUAAUGCCCGAUAAAGUGGAUGAGAAAACGGCGCCGCUGUAGGUCAAUUGGUAACAGCACCGCACGCGUAAUGAGAAGACGUGGGUUCGUCGCCCACCGGCGGCGAAUUGUUUUCUCGCCCACUUUAAUUUCCAUCUAAUUUAUCACUUAUACAUCUUAAUUAGAACAGGCAAUUCGUUGUAUGUUUUCCUUGGUUUCAUUGCCUGCUGGCUUUAUAUGUUUGCUAAUAACAAUAAUCUGUCCCCUCGUAUCACACUCUUCUUCUUUGAAGUUCCGUAGUCGUUCACACAAGCAGUUGUAAGAACAUAGAUGGCGUGCUUACAGUUUUGAAGUAUUCGAAGCAGCAUAUCUGUGCACUGCGUUAGUAUGGGUGUUACUGCUUACCUUUUCAAGUUCGUCAAUGGUGCCGCAAGCCUAACUCAUCCACCGUCUCGCUGUGUUGCUAGUACCAAGGGAAUCAUAGUAGUUUAUAUGGUGGUUGUUUAAUACAACUGCAUUGUCAUAACCCAUUUUCCAGACAUUUCAAAUAAAGCUUAGACCGACAGAGAAAGGUGAACAUGUCACAUGCAGAAAUGAAAUUAAUAGACAGGGUAAAGGUCUAACAGGCACGUUUGUAGCACUGUCCCUAUAGCGUAGGUACUUAUCCCUCUCUUUUUGAACACAGCCAUUUUUCAUUGUAAGGAUCACGAUACACCACUCGUUGACACAUAAUCAGCACGUCUCUGCACUGGGACAGACGUAACAUAGGCCGUCGCCUGAACGCAUGUGCGUUCAAUAAAAAUAAUUAUACAAAAUAACACUGCGCAGUACAAAAUAACACUGAGCAGUUCAUCGCAACAAGCGCACUCAAAAAUUAUUGUUCAUUGGCGACAUUUUACGCGGUGAUUUUUGUGAUUCUACGCGUGCUCGCGGCUUCUUUCACCGUGGAAAGACACAUGCAGCCUAUACGGACACGCUGACCACGAGCUUUGAAAGACGACAUUCGGUCCCUUAUUCGCUGGAGCGCAAAUUAGCUGGUUACAUCCCAAUAAGCGUCUGACUUAUGCCGACGACUUUGUUGUCCGAUGUUGCUAUCUUCCACUAAUAAAGCAUAGACCUAUGUGCAGUCCGCUGCUCUGCGGCUGAAACGCCUAUAGGCGUUUCUCAGCCGCUAAGGCGCUUUAGGCGUUUCAGGAGCUGAAACGCCUAUAAGCGUUUCAGCCGUUGAUGUUAUUGCAAUGUUACUUCCCCUAUAAGCCAUGAAGAUGUUUCUUAGUGGUCAUUAGCAUGUUCAUGCACCCAGAAGAACGCAUUCAGCUUAACAAAUCAUUGCUUAUUUUUGCAAUGGUACAGCCGCGCUCUUGUAGACAGCAUACGAGGCCCGCCGAAGGUCUGCCGUAUGGACGGGGAAAACGCUGGUUCGUUUGGCCGGCGUGUCAGACCGGGGUGAACGGGUGGCACCUUAUCAUUGAUUGUACUCACGAGCACCUUCAUUAACUGUGUAAAAUAAACUCUUCCUGGCU